CGGUCAAUGUUUGAGGCCAACCCAAAACUCUUUCACUCUCUCACUCUCCCACAAUCCUACCCCCAAAACUCUCUCCUCUUUCUCUUCCAAAUAUCUUAUAAACCAUAUCUCAGACCUACCCUAAUCUCUCUCUCUCUCUCUCUCUCUCUCAGACAAACAAAGCCCAGUUUCUCUCUCUUACUCUCUUUCUAUCUAGGAUUUGAAGAAGUAUAGAUAGUAGCGUGUGUACUGAGAGUGAGCUAUGAAUGUGAAGAAGGAUGUGGUGAAGAGGGAGGACAACAUUAAUAGCAACCAUAUGAAUGGGGGAGGAGGAGGAGGUGGACUUACCACAUCACCAUUUGCAGGCAUGUUUGAUUUCUGUGAAGGAGAAAAGAGUUCAUCUUUAGGGUUUAUGGAACUUUUGGGGGUUGGGGUUGGACAGGACUAUUGUCCCACUUCCCUAUUUGAUUAUCUGCCUCAGACACCAUCGACAGUCCUGCCUUCAUUAGCUUCCACAAUGGGAGGAAAAGAUCAGUUAUCUACUGACUACUCCUCUUUGAAUCAGCAGCCUACAACACCAAACUAUUCGUCGAUAUCGUCGGAAUCAAGCGAGGCAGUGAACGAAGAACACACUGAUCAUAAGGCUGCUACAGACCAAGAGCAAAAUAAUGAAGAAGAAGAACAUGACGAGCAACAAAAGACCAAGAAAGAGUUGAAAGCAAAGAAGGCGAGUCGGAAAAGGCAGAGAGAACCCAGAUUUGCAUUCAUGACAAAGAGCGAAGUUGAUCAUCUGGAAGAUGGCUACAGAUGGAGAAAGUACGGCCAAAAAGCUGUCAAAAAUAGCCCCUUUCCAAGGAGUUACUAUCGGUGCACAAGUGCAUCAUGUAAUGUGAAGAAGCGAGUGGAGCGAUCUUUCGACGAUCCGAGCAUUGUUGUAACUACUUAUGAAGGACAACACACUCAUCGCAGCCCACUUCUGCCUCGCCCGACUCUCCCUGCAGCUUCUGCUUUUCCAGCUAAUAACUUUGCCAUGCCAUUAAUCCCCACAAGAACCCUAUUUACUCAUGACUAUCAACAAGUGCAACCAUUUGCAGAUAGCAACUCCUCUUCGCCUUCAUCGGCACCAAUUAAUUUUGGUGAUUAUUAUGUGAAUGGCUCUUCAUUGUGUCUUACAAAUGCUACUAGUACCGCUGGCUUUCUUCAUCCCGAAAGGUGGUUUUGCUCCCCGGCAACCGGUUCUGCUUUGUUAGCUGACCAUGGCCUUCUUCAAGACAUAGUCCCCUCUCAUAUGCUGAAGCAAGAGUAGAAGAUAUAUGCCCUUAUAUAUAUAUAUAUGAUCAUCAUCAGAUAGUGAGAUCAUUCCAAUCCAUCAGUGCUACUUAAUUAUGUGCUAAUUUGGUUUACUUACUGACUUUCUGUGUUAAGAUGGUGAUCCAGAUGAUGGUUAUGUUAUGUAACAUGGAUGGAACAUAGACUUUUGAAUCCAAUGCAGGAAUGUGCAUUGAUUUGAUUUGGAUACUAGUCAGCACUGCGGGCAGUCAUGAUCUGAGGGUUAGGAUUUUGGACGGUCGCCAGACUCUCCACACCUACUUCUUUUUCUCUUUUUGGUCGACUUCUUGUUUCUCCGUAUAACAAAUUUCACUCCUUUUUUAGCCAUUUGCACUUGAAACUGCGUAUUUAACAAGUUUAAUGAAGUUACAGCAGAAGUGUAAACAUGAAUAUAGCUUACAUUGAUUAAAACGAAUGUACCCUCUCUCAUGCACCUAAUAAUUCCAAGUUAGGGAACUGUUAUUAUUAGCA